CUUUGAUCAUAGAACAAAUCAAUCACUCUCCCUUCCAAACACUCCAUAUCCUCAAAUAAUUAUUUUCCUUUUUUGUUUCUCUUUGAACUUUGUUUCCAUGGCUAUUAGAUGCUCCACCCCAAGUGCUUUCACCCCAAGAAAGGAUUCAAAAACUAUGAUCAAAGCAUUCAAGCUCCACAGUGUUCAUACACAACGCAAUAAAGCAAAUGAUUCGAUCAAACAUUUUGCAGUGACUAACAAGGUUUUCGAAAACCAACAGAUGGGAAUAGUAUGCUACAGAGACAAGCACGGGGAAGUAAUUUGCGAAGGAUUCGACGAAGGUCCUCGAUUAAGCAGAGAAAAUUCAGGAGGAGAUAAUCAUCAAAGUUGCAAUGAAAUGAGAAGGCGAAGGGACCGAACUGUAAAAAUUGAAAGAUUGAGAACAAAACCAAAACCUCUGAAAAAAGGCAAGGGAUAUUCAAUUUAAUUGGCCCUUUUUCUUUUUUUGCUUUUGAUGGAUCGGAGAGCCUCAGAUUUCAGAAUGCCAGAUGGAGAAAUUGCCUCAAAUAUUAGACGCCGAUUUUCAAUCUACACAGAGUGCAGCUGUCCAAAGGAAGAAUUAAAAACUCCAAAUAUUUAAAUUUGAAUUACUAUGUGUUGUAUGUGAAUAGCCCAAGUUGUCUCUAGUAAUAUAAUGAGAGCAAAAAGGUUAUAUGUUUUUCCUAAUCAUUGUAUGAAACUGAUCAUUUCUCA